AUGUGGACUAGAAACAAGGGGUUUCCAUUAUUAAUCAAACACCCUUACUUGAAACAACAAUCUUCAUCAUUGUCAUAUCAACCACUUUACUAUUCAUCAUCAUCAACUCUUCAAUCUUGUACAAGAAAUGAAGUACUUUUUAGAAACACACCUCCUACUCAAACAUUGGUCAAUUAUGGAAUAUACCAAGGUUUCAACAACAGACGUCUCUAUAUGACUUAUUCUUCUUCUCCUCCUGCAACACCAAUAUAUCAACCAACAAAGAAUCAAAAGAAAGUAGUUGUUGAAGAUGAGAAAGAGAAAGAGGAAGAGGAGGAAGAAGAAGAAGAAGAUUAUAGAUUAGAUUUUUUUCAAGAAGAUGAAAGAGAUUUGGAUAAUGAAGAGGAUGAUGAUGAUGAUGAUGAUCUAGAUGAUUAUCCUUUAUCAAAAGAUAAGAAAUUAUUCGAGAAUUUGGAUUAUUUCAAUGGAGAAGAAGGAGAUAAAAUAAAUCAAGUAAAAUUGGGUAGUUCAUCAGCAUCAUCAAAAAAAAAAUAUACUUCAGAAGAGAUUGAUCACUUUAUCAGUGACACGUUGAAUCAACUAAACAUGACGUUUGACAAUGAACAGAGUCGUCACAACAUUAAAUUCUCUGGUAUCAUGUCAAAGACUGAUGAUAUGAUUCAUUUGGUACAUCAAAGACGUUCAGUACUACGAAAGAAAAAGAAAGUAUUAUUGGAAGUAAUCAAAUCAAAACAACCUGAAAUAUCAAAUUGGAGUAAUGUAAAUGAACAAGCACGAUAUUUAAGAUUCUUAACAUUAUAUAAUAGAGUACUUGGAAAAGAUAUUGGAUCAGAUAAUAAAACAGAUUUGACAAGGUUGGGUGGCAUUGGGUUAUUGGAUUAUUAUGAGACUGUUCCGUUGGCUUAUUUGGCACAUGAUCAAAUGGAAGAUCCAAUGGCAUCGAUUUGGGACUACCAACAUAAAGACAAGGAAGCGAGUUGGAGGAUUUGGAAAACAGCCACUCAUCGAGCUGUCGCUGUCAAGGAGAUGUUGAUUCACAAGUAUAAUCGGUUGGUUGAAGAGUCAAGAGAUGACACACUGUCAAAUCACUCUAGAACGAUUGGUGUGAGUGAUCGUAUCGUUUCUCGGUCGCUGUCGUCUUCCUCUGGAAAACUGGCAUUAAAUGCAGUGUUGGAUGAUGCAAUGACCGAGGAACUAUGGUACCAUAUUACCAAAAGAGAGAUUGUCGAUGGAUUACCAAUGCUAAAAGAGACAGCAGACUAUGUCAACGAGAAUCUGUUAAGGGUGUUACGAGAGACACACCCAACGAUCCAAUGGAACCCUCAAAAGUUCCAUCCAUCGAUUCGAUUUUACCCCGGGUUUAUCGUACACGCUAUCGAGUGGGCAUUAGCUACAUGCGAGGUUAAAGGCGAUGAAUGGUACACUGUCAAAUGGACCGAUGCGCGACUCGACACGCUAAGAUACUAUUUCAGGUCGCGUGGUGAACUCAUCGAGGCUGUUUGUAAAUACUACAAGACACAUCACUAUGUCACUUUGGUGCCAUGGCUGUUCAAGUUUGAAAACAGGUGGCGUGUACACUACACCAAGCCAUACUUGGCCUAUUUAGCAGACAGUCUUCAUCUCAAGACCAAAGAAGAUUGGUACGCAACCGUCGCUCCACGUCAUUUCAAUAGACUCUUUUGCAAGUCUGAUCCAUCCCGUAUUCCCCAAUACAUCAUUGACAAUCUACCAAAUGUACCAUCAAAAGAACAAGAGGGUGGUGAUACGACGACGACUACGAUCGCAUGGGAUAUAUCAAAAUUCUCAAAUCAAUUUUCAAAUCAAGAACAAGUUAAUCAAGAUAGAGAACAUGAUAAACGUGUAUUGGAAGAGUUUUUACAAAGUGAAGAUGGUAAAAAGACGAUACAAAAACCUACCGAUUGGUAUAAUUUCUGUAUCUCUUCCAAUCCACAUGCAGAAAAACUUAGAAAACAAUUUAAAACCAUCUAUCAUACCACGGUGGUUAUGAUCAAGGGUAUAUACCCCGAUUUAUUGGGAUUGGAAAGAUCAAAGUUUUUGAGCGAGUAUAAACUUUACGAACAAGAACAACGAUUGUUGGAACUCCAACAAAACAAAACAGCUGUAAAAAAGAGUAAAAAAACAAUUAAAAAGGAACAAAAGGAACAAGAAGAAGAAGAGGAUUGGUCUUUGGAGAGAGCAAAGAAAUAUUUCCAAUACAUCGGAGACAGACUUGGAUUCAAGUCAUUGGAUGAUUUCUAUAAUCUACCAGCUGCCAAAGACAUUGGUUAUACCUUCCCACUCCCAGUGGCUGUCAUGCUCAGUGCAGUCUAUCCUGAAAAGGAUUGGGAUUAUCUUCGACUUGGUCUAAAAUCAACCGAUCUUUUAUAUUAUAGUCAAAAAAUGUGUGAUACAUUAUGUUUAUCAUUGGGUGAUAAAUAUUUAAAUUCAAAUUAUCAAGAAAUAAUACAAGUAGAAAAUAAUCAAAUAGUGGAAAAUAAUCAACAUCAACAACAACAACAACAAACAAGUAAACUUUUCAUAUUUUAUUCAAUGUUUGAACAUUUGGAUCUUAGACCUGGAUUGAUAAACAGAUUCAUUAGACAAGAGGAUAGAAAGGCAUUUGAAUCAAUCUUUUUGAUUCUCGAUCAAAGUAUGUCUAAUCGUUAUGGAGUAUUAAGAUAUAUAAAGUUAAGAUUUGGCAAAGACAACGAUAAUGACAGUGGUACUACAGCAGAAAUGUUACUUUAUAGACAAUUAUUUAAUAGUCAACUAUCAAUUCAUCAACACAUAUCAUCACCGAGUGAUUUGACAUUACCACUUUAUUAUUCUUUGGUUGUUAACAAAAAGAAUCAACCCGUAUCAUUGGUUAUAACAGAUGAGAAGGAUUAUAAACCUCCAAAGUCUUUAUUGGGCAAGGGUACCAAUCAAGUCAUCUAUUUAUUCGAAUUGAAAAAAGAACAUAAUUUUAUCGAUCGUUCUACUACCCAACCCAAACAUCUCACAGAAUUACUUUAUUUUAUUAAACAACAAUCAACUAAUUUACAACAACAACUACAACAACACCAAUCCGACAAUAAUAAUAAUGAUAAUAAUAAUAUCGCAAUAGAAUCAGUUUUCAAUUUAGAUUUAAUCAAGGAAUUAUCAAACAUUUAA